AUGGACAAUUUCGAGUGCACCAACUGUGGGAAACGUUACAAAUACAAAAGGAACUUGCAAACUCACAUGAAGCUGGAGUGCGGGAAGGAGCCCCACCUGAAGUGUCCCUACUGCGAGCAUCGCACCAAGAUCAGGAGAUUGAAAAGCAAGAGAGUGAAGAGAAGAAUGCCACUUGCCUACGAGCGGAAGACCAAGGAUGAAGUUGAGUCAGCUGUUGCUGAGGUACGGAAAGGUGGAUCAAUUCGUAAGGUGGCAAAAAAAUAUUCAAUGUCAAAAUCAUCUCUAUCACGGCAUGUAAUAAUUGCCAAAAGGAGUGGAACCAGACGUUCACAGCUUGCUGAUGCACCUAAGACAUGGGUGUGGCACAGACCCACAACUGCAAGUUCCCCACUGCCAUCAUCGGACCAGGAAUAA